CGGUUCAUACACCUUUAAGGGAACGCCCGGGCCUAGUAGUUUUUAGAGCUAGGGUGUGGCCUCGGAUUACAUUCAUCAUGCUUCUUUCACUCACAUUUAGUCCGCUGUGAGGGAGUUGAUACAGAAGCACAGCUGAACACAGAUAUCUGACACUUGGGAUUUAUUGUGUAUAUUCUGUAUUAGUGUGAAACUAAACGCUUUUGCUCGUGUGUGCAGUAGAAACCUCCUGCGUUUCCGAUUCAGUAAUCCCAGAAACGCUGCUGUCAGUGAUUCAUUACUUCUUCUACCACAGCGCGAGCACAGAGAGGCAGACAAAGAAGUUCAGUGCUCUACACUAUUAACUAUGGGACUCUUUGGGCUGUUGAAGAUGCAGUUCGUUUGUCAUCUCAUCAUCUGUUAUGUGUUUCUAGUCAGUGGGCUCAUAGUCAACUUCUUGCAGCUCUGCACACUGCCAUUGUGGAGUAUUAACAAACAGCUGGCUCGCAAGGUCAACUGUAGACUGGCAUACUGUAUCUCCAGCCAGAUGGUGGCACUACUGGAAUGGUGGUCUGGUACAGAAUGUACACUGUACACUGAUCCUGCAUCCUACCCCUUCUAUGGCAAAGAAGAUGCAAUUGUUGUCCUCAACCAUAACUUUGAGAUUGAUUUUCUGUGUGGUUGGACCUUCUGCGAAAGAUUUGGUGUGUUAGGGAGCUCAAAGGUGCUGGCCAAGAAAGAACUUGCAUAUGUGCCUGUAAUUGGCUGGAUGUGGUACUUUCUGGAGAUUGUCUUCUGUAAGAGGAAAUGGGAAGAAGACCAAAAAACAGUGGUGCAGAGCCUUCAACGCCUUAAGGAUUAUCCAGAGAACUUCUGGUUCCUUCUAUACUGUGAGGGCACUCGCUUCACUCAGAAGAAACACAAGAUUAGUAUGGAAGUGGCAGAGAGAAAAGGACUUCCUAAACUCAAGUACCAUCUCCUGCCUCGCACCAAGGGUUUCUGUGUUACUGUUCAACACCUAAGGGGAAAAGUUUGUGUCUCCUCUGUAGUUACUGCUGUGUACGAUUCUACACUUAAUUUCAGAAACAACCAAACACCAACCUUACUAGGAAUCCUAAAUGGGAAAAAGUACCAUGCUGAUUUAUAUGUGAGGCGGAUUCCACUGGACUCAAUCCCAGAAAAUGAGUCUGAAUGUGCCAUCUGGCUCCACAAACUUUACCAGGAAAAGGAUGAGUUGCAGGAAAAAUACAGUGUGACUGGUCGUUUCCCUGGCCCCACACUGAGCCCGCCCCGCCGCCCCUGGGCCUUGCUCAACUGGCUGUUUUGGAUCUGUCUUCUACUCUUUCCCCUCUGUCUACUACUACUGCAGUUGUUCCACUCUGGGUCAGCUUUCACCAUUUGCACUACAGUUCUCCUGUGCUUUGCAGCCUCGCUUGGUGUUCGCUGGAUGAUCGGCCAGACAGAGAUUAACAGGGGCUCAAGCUAUGGAAACAAAGAGGGCCAGCUGAAUAACAAUGCCCAAGUUAGCAAAGUCACCAACAAGGACAGCAGAACUACAAAAACAUCAGCAGCUUGUACCGCAGGGAUCAAGAACAACCACGAGCAGUUUUCAACAAAGCAAGAGGGUAACACCCAACUGGACCAAGACACUGGCAGCUGUUCAUGUUAAGGAGUGUGAAUCCUCAAACUGGAAAACUGCAUGUAAUAAUUUGGAGGAAAAAAAAAAAGAGAACCAAUGAAACACUGGAAUGAACGUGUGCACUAAUGCUCCCAAGCAGUUUUGAAAAGUUGACUUUUUUCGACAAAGAUGCAGUAGACCAUUAAUUAAAAACUGACCUGUUUAUUAAUUGCUCUUUACAUUGCAAACACUGUAGGAAUAACAGAGGACCAGAAAUAUUGAUGCACAGGUUUUAGGCAUACAAUUAUCAUAUGACUAUUUCCUUGAGAAAUUUUGUCUGUACAUUUAAGUUGUUCAGAUCGCAAACAUUGGGUUAAAAGUGAAACAUUUUCUCUCCAGCUCUUAUGAUAAGGCAGUUGUGGAGUGAGUUGACGUGUUGAUGCUUUAGAGAGGAAGUAAAAUGUUUUCUCUUCAGCCGAGUACACUCCUGCACCCAAAUAUUAAAGGCAUACCACUGGCCAUUGGGAAAGGAGGACAUUACAGCACAAUUUAAAAUUUAACAAUUGUCCUUGGAGAAUUAAACACAAAAUACAAUAUUUAAAAGUGACAUUAAAAAAAAAUUCCCUUGACUAAUUUUUAAGCUUCUUUUGCAUAAGGGACAAAUAAAUCCCCAAGCAGCGAUUUUCUCCAGCUCUUUCCUACUCAGAGGAUCACAUUUAUUAUUUGUGCUUUGAGUAGGAACAUGAAAAGUGCCUUCUAAUCUUUUUCCCCAAACUGUAGUUCAUGUUGCUUACUAAUCAAAAUCUGCUGUCUCCAUUGAGACACAAGUGGCUUUACAAUAUGAUUUAUACAAAAAAUAAACCUUAACCUUAUUCUUACAUUAUGUACAAUGUGCCACAGCUACCUCCUACAGUCGACUUAACACAACCAACUGGCCCUUUAGUACCUCCACCAAUCACUGAGCUAUCCAGAGAUUUAUAUCUUUGUUACUUGUUCCUUAAGUUCCUUGUACCACAGUUCCUUAAGAAUAACAUACAUAGAGUAGUGCAAGCAUUUGUAAACAUAAAGAGAGUGCAGGGCCACUGCUGCAUCAUUCUUCAUCUGUGCAGACCUAUAAUUAAAAAGUAGAAAAACAAAGACAGAUAAAAUACCCAUUUAAUAAAUAACUGUAUGCUUAAAUGACUAAAUAUAUUGUGAGAUGUGUCAAAAUAAAAGCACAUUAUUUUAUAAAAAAAAUUUUACAGCCAAAAAGACUUUUAACGCUUUUCUACUAGACAGUGUGGCACAACAUAAUAUAGGUGCUAAUCCAAACUCAGGAAUAUACGCUGAUUGAUGCAGGUUGUGAGGUGAUGAAGCCCAACAUGACAAAUUGGUUUUCUUUUUCUUUGUGCUAAGAAUUGUAAGCAGAGCUAUCUAUCAGUGACAAGAAAGCUAAUUUAAUUGUAUAGUAAAAUGGUUAUAUCGAAUGCUAAAUUUCCCAGACAAAAAGGACAUUUGGAAAGAGAAAAGCACUUAGCAGAUUAUCACUAUUCUCCGACAGAAGUUUGAGGACAAUUAUUUGAUGACUGUUUUUCCAAACAACGGUAUGCACCAUUUCUAACCUCACCUAUAGGUGCAUCUCAAAAAAUUUGAAUAUCGUGGAAAAGUAUAUUUUUUCCCUGUAAUUUAAUGAAAAAAGUGGAACUUUCAUAUAUUCUAGAUUCAUUAAGCAAAGUAAAAUAUUUCAGGCCUUUUUUGUUUUAAUCUUCAUUACAGCUCAUGGAAAUCAAAAAUCCAGUAUCUCAAAAUAUUAGAAUAAAGAAUUUAUCAUUUAGAAAUGUCGACCUUCUGAAAACUAUGUUAAUUUAUGCACUCGAUACUCGGUCGGGGUUUUAAUCCUUUUGUAUAAAUUACUGAAUCAAUGCGGCGUGGCCUGGAAGCGAUAAGCCUGUGGCACUGCUGAGGUGUUCUGGAAGCCCAGGUUGCUUUGAUAGUGGCCUUCAGCUCAUCUGUAUUAUAGGGUUCAGGUCAGGCGAGUCGGCUGAACAAUCAAGCACAGUAACACCAUGGUCAGAAAACCAGUUACUAGUAGUUUUGGCACUGUGGGCAGGUGCCAAGUCCUGCUGGAAAAGGAAAUCAGCAUCUCCAUAAAGCUCGUCAGCAGAUGGAAGCAUGAAGUGCUCUAAAAUCUCCUGGUAGACGCUGCAUCGACUCUCAACUUGAGAAAACACACUGGACCAACACCAGCAGAUGACAUGGCAACCCAAAUCAUCACUGACUGUUGAAACUUCACACUGGACUUCAAGCAACUUGGAUUCUGUUCCUCUCCACUCUUCCUCCAGACUCUGGGACCUUGAUUUCCAAAUGAAAUGCAGCAUUUACUUUCAUCUUCCCCAUGUUUGUGG